AUGGCAAAAAGUCCCCCCGAGUUGCUGAGAGAGGCAGCAAAUUUAAUAGAAGAAGCUCUAAACAGAACUUCUCAGCCUCCGGUGGCGGCUCAGUCGCUUCAGAUACCUGCUACACCCUCUAGAACACCUGUCCAAGGGAAUGACACUGAUCCCAUGGAGGAGGGCUCACAUCAUGCCUCCGGGCCAGACAUCCCCUGCCUCACUUGUGAAAAGGCAGUUCCUUUUUCGGAAAUGAAGGUUCACAGACUGAGCUGCAAUGGGACACCCAUGCAGGACUCGGUAACAGAUCAAGGGGCAGGUCCAAGUGAAGAAAAUGAUAGAGAGACAGCCUCAGUCAAUGACAGUGUUCCAGUGAGGCCUGGAACAUCAGCUGAGAGUGCAGUUGUAUCAGCUGUGAUUAACACUGAGGACAAAGACAAAGAAUGGAAGCUUAUUAAAGAACCAGCUCAAGCUGCCAAGGUUUACAAAGAGAGUCUGCUAAGGGAACAUGCGUCUGGGGAACCACUGAGAAUGAAGAUGGAUGUAAGGGACUCUGAUGAGGACAGAGAACGGGAACUUCUCACAUUCUAUAAACGGCAGCAAGAAUGGGCAUGUCCACUCCGUUGUACUCUCAUUGGUGAUGUUGCUAUUGGAGAGGGAGUAAUGCGGCACUUUAUGACAACAGUAAUUUCCAAACUCCAGAGGAAUGGGGGUACAUUACUGUUUGAGGGUGAACCUGACCACCUCGUUCCAGCAGCAUCAGAGGUGCUUAUUGACAGCAACCUCUUCCGCGUUGCAGGAAGGAUGUUGGCCCACAGUUUCCUGCAUGACGGACCCAACAUCACAGGAUUAAGUCCUGCUGUAAUUCAUGUACUGUUCAAUGGAGACCCUGAAACGGCAACAGUUGUUACUGAAGACUGUCCUGAUCUGCACAUCAGGAGUAUCAUUCAACUGCUUGAACAUGAAGAACUUACACCAGAACAGAAGAACACUGUGUCAGAACUCUCCAUGUCUUGGGAUCUCCCAGCUGUCACAAAAACAAAUCGGAGAUGGCUGCAUAGCAAACUUCUAAUUCAUUCAGUGAUUGGGAGGACUAUGCGCCAAAUUCAACAGUUGAGAAAGGGACUGAAAGAUGUUAUGCUAUGGCCCUUGCUGACAUCUAGGCCAGAUAUUGUCCCACUUCUUUUCCCCAAAAUGGCUGAAAUACAGUUUACACCCCAGAUGCUCCUGGAAAGAAUCAUAUGGCCGGUUGAGGACAGUGAUGAAGACUUUGACAUAGAGUCCAUAUGCCGCCGCAUCACUGGCUUUUUAAGAAUGUUCAUUGAAACUGGUAUAACACCUUGUUAUGUUUUGCUCUACUAG